GAGUGGAUCCAGUGUGUGUGUGGCGUGGGGGGGGGGUUGUUUUUCCUUGCGGGAGAUGAACUUUCUCAAUUAAAAGUGCCUGGAGCUGAGCUGCGAAAAUGACGGUGGAAUUUGAGGAGUGCAUCAAGGAUUCGCCCCGAUUCCGGGCGACCAUAGAUGAAGUGGAAACAGAUGUGGUGGAGAUAGAAGCAAAGCUUGACAAGCUGGUGAAGCUAUGUAGUGGGAUGAUUGAGGCUGGGAAAGCUUACAUCACCACCAACAAGCACUUCGUCAGCGGGGUCCGAGACCUGUCGCAGCAAUGCAAGAAGGACGAAAUGAUUUCGGAGUGCCUGGACAAAUUUGGAGACAGCCUGCAGGAAAUGAUUAACUAUCACAUGAUCCUUUUUGACCAAGCCCAGAGGUCGGUCCGGCAACAGCUGCACAACUUUGUGAAAGAUGAUGUCCGGAAGUUCAAGGAGACGAAGAAACAGUUUGACAAGGUGCGCGAGGACAUGGAGAUCUCUCUGGUGAAGAAUGCGCAGGCCCCGCGGCACAAGCCCCACGAGGUGGAGGAAGCGACGGGCACUUUGACCAUCACCAGGAAGUGCUUCCGACACCUGGCCCUGGACUACGUGUUACAGAUCAAUGUCCUCCAGGCCAAGAAGAAGUUUGAAAUACUGGAUGCGAUGCUGUCCUUCAUGCAUGCCCAGUACACCUUUUUCCAGCAGGGCUACAGCCUCCUUCAUGAACUUGAUCCAUACAUGAAGAAGCUAGCCACCGAGCUCGACCAGCUGGUGAUCGACUCGGCCGUGGAGAAGAGGGAGAUGGAGCACAAGCAUGCACUGAUACAACAGAGGACCCUCCUGCAGGACUUCUCCUACGAUGAUUCCAAGGUGGAAUUUAAUGUUGAUGCCCCCAACGGAGUGGUGAUGGAAGGGUACCUCUUCAAGAGAGCAAGCAAUGCUUUCAAAACAUGGAAUCGGAGGUGGUUCUCCAUACAGAACAGCCAGCUGGUCUACCAGAAGAAGCUAAAGGAUGUCCUCACGGUGGUGGUGGAAGACCUGCGGCUCUGUACCGUCAAGCCCUGCGAAGACAUAGAGAGAAGAUUUUGCUUUGAGGUCGUCUCACCUAGCAAGAGCUGCAUGCUGCAGGCCGACUCAGAGAAGCUGCGCCAAGCCUGGAUCCAGGCGGUUCAGGCCAGCAUCGCCUCCGCUUACAGAGAGAGCCCAGACAGCUACUACAUCGAAAGACUGGACCGAACCGCCUCCCCUUCCACCAGCAGCAUCGACUCUGCCACUGACUCUCGGGAGCGGAGUAUGAAGGGGGAGAGCAUCCUGCAGAGGGUCCAGAGCAUCCCUGGCAAUGACCAGUGCUGUGACUGCGGCCAGGCGGAUCCCCGAUGGGCCAGUAUCAACCUGGGCAUUCUGCUGUGCAUCGAGUGCUCUGGGAUCCACAGGAGUCUGGGCGUUCACUGUUCCAAAGUCCGCUCUCUCACACUGGAUUCCUGGGAGCCAGAGUUACUGAAACUAAUGUGCGAGCUGGGGAACAGCACCAUGAACCAGAUUUACGAGGCACAGUGCGAAGAGCUGGGACUUAAGAAGCCCACUGCGGGGAGCUCCAGGCAAGACAAGGAAGCCUGGAUCAAGGUCAAGUAUGUGGAGAAGAAGUUCCUCAAGAAGUUGCCUACUGGGGAGGCCCUGGCGGAGAACGAGAGGAAACCCCGGCGUUGGAGUGUGAAGAAAUGCCAGCGACACAACAGCACCACAAAAGCACCUACGGCUCGUAGGAAGUACCGGCAUGAGGCAGGAAAUGCAUCGCCGGCCCCGCUCUCAUCAGCUGCCACUCUGGAGAGGAAAUUCCGGCGAGACUCUCUCUUCUGCCCCGACGAGCUGGACUCCCUCUUCUCGUACUUUGACACCGGCACCGGCUCAGGACCACGCAGUGCCAGCCACAUCUCUAUGCAGCACCCGCUGGCAGCUGGCCCCUGGAGUGGCAUUGGUCCCGGUGGGAGCGGUAUGCCGUUCCUCCUGGACGGAGGUCUGAGUAGCGACAGCGGGCUGGGCGGCAGCACAGACGGAAGCACCGAUGUCCUGGUGUUCGGCUCGGUGGUGGACAGCGUCACGGAGGAAGAGUGCGAAGUGUCGGAGGAGUCCAGCGGCGAGGCGGAGAUAGAGCAGGAGGCCUCGGACCUGGAGGACCUGCGGGAGUUGCACCCUGGCCUGCUGAUUUACAAGGCAGCGCAGGCCAGGAACUUGCCUGUCAUGGCAGAGGCCCUGGCACAUGGCGCCGAGGUCAACUGGGUGAAUGACGAAGAUGAAAACAAAACUCCUCUGAUUCAAGCUGUGAUGGGGGGCUCCUUGAUAGCCUGCGAAUUUUUACUCCAGAACGGAGCAGACGUUAACCAAAGAGAUAUCCGGGGCCGGGCUCCUCUGCACCAUGCCACGUACCUGGGGCACACUGGCCAGGUCUGCUUGUUCCUAAAGCGAGGCGCCAACCAGCAUGCAGUGGACGAGGAUGGCCAAGACCCCCUCAGCAUUGCAGUCCAGGCAGCCAAUGCAGACAUAGUCACCUUGCUGCGUCUGGCUCGAAUGAACGAGGAGAUGCGAGAAGCCGAGGGCCCCUUCGGACAACCAGGAGAUGCGACGUACCUCGACAUCUUCCGGGAGUUCUCCCACAUGGCUUCGAACGACCCUGAGAAACUCAACCGGCGGAGCUUCCCCUUCAGCCACUCCUGCAGAUAGCCCUUCCCCUCCUCGUCCGAGGCCUUCGGCUGGAGAGUCAGCUGUGAGCUACCAGAGCCCUGGGAGAGCGGGAAGGGGGAGCGGUUUGCCAAGGCGGAAUGGGUCUGCUGGGCUCAUCUACUGGAGGAAGACCCAGCCAUCUGGUCCCUGUCCAAACACACACUUAUGGAGCACGCAGUGUUUAUUCCAGUGCCUGCUUUUGUAUCCACAUCUCAGACCAAUGACCCGUGGUGACAUGACUAACCAGCCAGCGUAUCCAAACAGGGCUGAACCAACUAUGCAAAGAAAUCCCUGCUUCUUUGCAGUUCACUCCCUCAGCCCCUGGGCCUCCCUCGGGCCAAACGCCUGCUCAAGUCAAUAAAGAUUUGACCUUCGGUUUGUUAAUGACUAAAAGGUAGGGGGCCACACAUCCCAUCACUAAAAAUAAGGGGUAGCAAAGGGGGAACCAAGCACCUUUUCUGCAGAAUAUGUUAAUCCCUGCAAAGCUGACUUUUGCUGCACCACUGGGAUAUCAAAGCUGACACAGCAGGAGCAUGGGACAGGAACGGAGAGACAUUUUCACACAGACACCAGCAAAAUGGUUUGCCCAGGGCAGCAGCAGCAUCCUUUACGUCAGUUGGGGCAAACGCCGGAAGAAGAGAAGUGACUUUCUGCGUUAGGGAGGGACGCAUUCCAGGGAUGAUAUUCCUGCUGAGCUGUGGUUAGUAUUUGAAUAGGUUCAUUCUCAGAUUUUAUCCUUUUUGGUUUAGAAACCCAAAGGAUGCAGAAUAACUCAUCAAGGAGAAAAGUCAAAACAUCCCAAAGUUGACACAGGCUGGCAACCACCUCAGAAACAUGGAAUAUCGGCUGCGAGGCGGCAGCAGACCCCAGCCGCAAAGAGUUUAAAGCCACGACAAAUGACUUUCUGUUGAGGUUGGGCCUGUUUUGGGGACCUAGAGUAUCUCACCUGUGUUGCUUGUGUAUUUGGUUUCUGCACAGAGGGAUUUUGGGGCUUACCCUUGGAGAAUAGGGUGUGAAGAUCCUCUGAGCUCCUUCCUGCCAGAUGCAGGAGUGAAUAUAGCUUCUGAGCCCUUCCCCCUUGGGAACAGUUCGUGUUAGACUCUAUGAAAACCAUAAGGGUUUGACUUAAAUUGCUACCUGUUUCUGUCCAGCAACCCAAGUUAUCAGAGAGGUGGUAACAAGUACAACCAGCAAAGAAGUUGUAGCCAUGUGUGGCUAAGGGGUUCAUUUGUCACGGUACCAAACCCAAAUGAGAAGAUAAACAUUUGUGAAUGCCACAGGCAGUAUGUUGUUGGGGCAUAUUCUGCCUUCCGUUAUAGAGGGGUAACCCAGGGCACAGGAGAAACCAAAGAGGGGUUCAUGAUGGAAUAUUCAGCUGUGCAUCUGGUUUCAAACACCUGAAUAUUCAGGGAUGUGUGCGGUGUCUGGAUCCAGGUUGUCAGUACUGGCCUGUCUGGAGUAAAAACUUCAGCAUGCAGGGGCCUCACUGGAAAAAACCACAACUUUUCCAACUGAGCUUGAACGUUCCUGGGCCAGCACACUGCCAAAGACGCUGAUGUCUUAUGCUGCUGAACCAGAUUUGCAAAUGAAGUGAGUUUAGUCAGCUCCACUUGGCUAAGAAUGGCACAGCACCAACGGCCCGUUGCACUACUUUGCAUGGCUGGUUUUCCAUCGCCCCCACACACUCUAAUUCACUGUAGGCUGACCACCACCCACAUGCAGCUUCCCAUGCCUUUUAGUGGCUGUGUGGCUCAAUGGCUAGAGACCCAGACUCGGAUUUAACAGACCUGGAUUCUGUUCCUGGCCUGCUGCGUGGCCUAUGGCAAAUCACUUCACUUCUGUGUGUGCCUCGUGUGUUAAGUGCCUUGAGACUCUUGGGUGAAAAGCCCUAUGUACUAUUAUCAUAAUUAUACUAUGGGAGCUGUGCAUGCAGAUCUGAAAACAGAACCUGGCCCUCGCCCCCUUGAAGAGUUUUGUAGCUCAUGCCUACUGUGUGUCGCAACGCUAGGAGAGCAGAACUCUUCCUGUACGGCAUGGCUUUCAUUACUAUUUUUUUACCUGUAAUAUUAUUUCAUCGCUAUAAAAAGGGUUAUGUGUGGACUAUACAGGUAUAGGCACCAUGACAAAUUAAAGUGGAUUGUCAGAAUGAUGUAUAUAAACCGUGUUUACAUGCUGAAAUGUAAUAUAUCAUAAAGCAGAAGAAAUGUAUUUUUUAAAUAAGGGGGAAUGGAAAAGUCUCACAUACAAGUGAUACCUAUUAAUUGGAAGU